AUGGUUCCGCUUUGGAAACUUGUUCUCUUGUGUGGCAUUCUCACUGGGACUUCCGCAUCCCUUUUGGGGAAUAUUGGCAGUGAAUUGAAUGUUUUGGACAACUUAAAGCCUAUUGUUGAUGACGGACGUAAGCUGGUUGACAACACACUUGAUAUCCUUGACAACAAAAUUUCAGAUAUCCUUCCAGACCUGAAGGAGAAACUCCCUACAUUGCAGGAACCCAGCUUCUUGAAACAGGCCUAUGAAAAGCUUCAGAAAAGUAAAGCAGUGUUGAGCAAUGUCUUUUCCCGUUUGAUUCCAAGAAUAAUAACAUUUUUGAAGUUGAAACUUAGCAAAUACAACAUCAUAGAUAUCAAGGCUGAACUGACUCCUGAUGGUCAAGGUCUUAAAAUGAAGAUUCCCGUCACCACUACUGCCGUGGACAAGUGA